GUGUUGAAAUUACUUAUAGACAAACAGGAAAAUUUUAACAAUUGGAUGUGUACCUGUAGAUGUAUUCUGUACUAGAACUGAAGUAUUAAAGGACCAGUAACAAUCUGAAGAUCAAACUUGUGAUUUUAGGUGUUUCUGUUACUCCUGUAAAUUGUGGAACAUUCUGGUGUAAUGAUGGAUACAGUACUGUAUGUUGGACAACACGAACACUGGACAAAUAUGUCACCGUUUUUUGGCCAUGAUCCCACAGGUUGAUCGAGAAAUCUCUUCAUACUUUAGGGUUCUGACUGUACAAGGUUGCUGGUGACUGAUCACAACAAAUACAGACUAACAAUUAUGGAUACUUGUCACUUUCCAAUUUCCAGGAGCAGGUUUCAUUGGAUACUGUUGCUGUUGUCAUGGAGUUGUUGUAUUGGACUGGUGUGGGAUUUACCCAGAAGUCCAGUACUGACCUUUGGCAAGUUAUACACAGCAGGACUCCGGAUGUAUGUUGAUGAAAAAUGGCACAAAUGUGUCCUAUUUUUGAAAAUGGCUAUAGAAGACUAUCAUUUUUAUAAAGAGACCAUGACCAACUGUCGACUGAAAUGCAAACAGGAAGUCCAGGAAUAUAUGGAUGACGGAAUGUUCACAAUGAUAGAUUUACAGAGUCUCUAUAUUCAGGUGUCUGUUACAGAAAAAGCUUGUGUUCAGAAGUGUAGAGCAGCUGUGUUUGAGGACAGACCUGUUGCUUCUAUUUCUGAAGAAGUUUGGAAUGACUUCAAUAAUGGCAAACCAUAUCUUUAUCUUCAUUACUGUUACUUCAAGAUUGGCCGAUUAGUGGAUGCUACCUCAGCUGCUUAUACUUUCUUUUUGAAAAACCCAGACCACAAGGACACCAUAACCAACAUCCAUGCCUAUCGUAAAUCAUUUGGGGUCAAGAAUGAGGAAAUCAUGGACCUUGAACGUAAACAAUAUAAGGUGUACCGAGCUGAGGGGGAGAAGGCCUAUGAGAAGGAGGAUUGGGAUAAUGUUAUCUCACACUUUGAAAGGGCACUUGAGGAGUACUACUUUGAGCAUGAACGUUGUCGUGCCGACUGUGAGGGCCAGUAUGAACAUGACAGAGAUCCAGAUUUUAUACAUGCUUUGGCAGAUCACUACAUCUCCGUACUUCAGUGUCAGGUCACAUGUGGUGAUGUCCUCAGCAAGAUAUAUGCAGAACACCAGCCAAACUACUUUGCUGAGCAUUUCAACUACUUACAGUUUGCAUAUUACAAGAAAAAAGACCACGAUCGUGCAGUAGUGGCUGCAGGUACCUACCUACUGUUUGUACCAGAUCACGAGGAGAUGUUGGCUAACAAGAUGUUUUAUAUUCAGAAGCUUGGUUAUCAUGAAGCACAUUUCACUCCUAGAAAGGAAGCCUUGCAGUAUUAUAAAAGACAGCAGAUGAUGGAAAAAAUGUUAGAGUUUGUUAACACAAAAUAUUCCAUAGAUGAAGAGGACGAUGAGGUGGAAGACGAGGAAACUGACGAGGAGGAAAUGGAUAAUCUGAUGAUUGAAGAUCUCAUAGAGGACCCUGAGGUGGAUAUUAUAAAAGCACAAGACAAACAGGAAUUCAACCUGAAGAUCUUUGAGAAGAUUGGCAUGAAGUUUCUACAGGAUCAAGAUAGCUUAAAAGGACCUAGAUUUAUAUCAAAGGGUUUUACACGAGAGGGACAGUGCAUAGAGCUGUUGUACAUGAUAAAUUCAGUAACUCCGGACAAACACGGUAUCAGACAACUUUCUGUAGCUGAGGCACUGGAGCUUGUGGAGGAAGAGGUUGAAUAUGAGAUGGCCCUUCGGACAUUAUUGAAGACCUCUGAGAUAACACGACAUUACACUGGGCGCUUCUUCAACAAAACUGAAUUCUUCAUCAAAGAUGUCAAACUUGUCUGUAGGGAACCAGUAGACAAUGGUGACAGCCAGGCUCCCUGUACCCCCCAGGAGUCAGGGCAGUGUGUGGAUGAUACAGAAAUACAGAAUAACACCAAUGAUUACACGAGCGUGGCUUACCUCACUGAAAAUGAAGACAGCGGACUCUAUUUUCUAGACAGGUGGAAUAGAAAACAGUCGUCAUUGUUGCCUGGUAGUGUAAAAUGUGGACAUCUGGUAGGUUUUGAAGCCUCGGACAGACAUGGAAUCAUUCCAUCAGAGACACAAAGAUGUGCUACGAUUGUAACAUAUACCUCAGAUCGUCGCCAUGACAACCCUCUUCUUCGUAAAGCCAAGGCCUUCCUAUUUGAUCUAGAGGAUCAAAGAAUGGCCAACAACAAUACUGCCAUUCUUAAGAAGUUUGAAACAGAAGGUACAACUGUAGUCCUGGCUAAUGAGGAACUUCACAGUAAUGAGAGAGUAAUAGCAGAUGGGCUGAUAGACGAGGAAGCUUGUUCUACCCUCAUCGAACUGGCAAAGAAUGGAGCUAUAAUCGGUGAUGGGUACAACGAGAAAGACAAUUUUGAAGCUGUGGCGAUAUCUCCUCAUACAGACAGUGAGAUAUUUGAGGGACUCACAAUUCGCCGUGCCAUGAAGCUGGCAAAGAGUGGAGCAGUGAGCAAAGAAUCAGUGGAACUUUACCUCAGUGCCAGUGAACGUAGUCGUCUGUUUGUGGAGAAGUUUUUCAACCUUACAAAGCCACUCCACUUCGACUUCACCCAUCUUGUGUGUCGCACAGCUGUAGAAGGUGUACAAGCUGGGCGUAAAGAUCUAAGUCACCCUGUCCACGGCGAUAACUGUCAACUCAACAUCAAUGAUGGCACCUGUGUACGUGCUUUCCCUGCCUUUGUCCAGCGAGAUUACAGUGCCAUCAUGUAUCUCAAUGAUGAUUUUGAAGGUGGAGAAUUUUUCUUUGCUCAUUCCAACACGAGUGCUGAUGUUACUCUCAGCCCAAAGUGUGGACGAAUCGUGGGCUUUAAUGCUGCCCACCUUCAUGGUGUUAACAGUGUUACCAAAGGUCAGAGGUGUGCUGUAGCAAUGUGGUACACACUGGAUCCUAACUACAAAGAACUCGCAAGGACUCAAGCUCGUAAAAUUCUCGAUAGUUUGUCCAGCCCCAGUGAAACUGGUCAAGAGAGCAGUACAGACAAAUCCCUCCGUGAGGAAUUAUAG